GACACCUCUAGCAAUGCCAUACACUGCAACUGUAUCAUCAAGAACAAUAAAACAUGGAUCUUUUCAACUCGCCAAAUUUCAAUCGCCAUGUCGAGACAUUGAUGCAAAAGAACCGUGUUCCUGGCCUCUCAAUUGCAAUCGUCCAGGGUGACCAUGUCAGAUCCGCAGGCUAUGGCUUCACCUCAAUUGAGGCUCAAGAAUCAUGCACUCCAGACACGCUGUUCGACAUCGCAUCUUCAUCCAAAUCGCUCACCGCAGCGGCGAUUGCUCUCUUAGUUGAAGAUGUCAACUUCCCAGAAGUCCGCUUUGACUCAAUUAUGUCUGAACUGCUUCCUGACGACUUUGUCAUGUCAGAGGAUCUGCACACGAAAACAGUCUCGGUGGACGACCUCUUGGGGCACCAUACUGGCAUGCCUGGCCACGAUGAUUCAUACAUGGGAAUACGCGCUGCUGAACCUGAUGAUGCGCCAUCAAUUACACGAAAUCUGCGAAACCUCGCUGUCGCUGCACCACCUCGAACACGAUACAUCUACUGCAACAUGAUGUACACUGUCUUGACACAUCUUAUAGAAGCCAAGACCGGACAAAGGUUCAACAAAUUCCUACAAGAGCGCAUUUUUGAUCCUCUUGGCAUGACAUCUAGCAGUCUGCAGCCCGAAGGCGCCAAAGCCAAAGGCCACGACCAGCGUCUCGCAAAAGGGCAUGUCUGGGACAAGAAGUCCACCUCUUACCGCGAGUUUGAUGCUGUGAAUUGUCCAGAAGGCCAAGGCGCAGGGUCGGUAAUCUCGAGCGCCAACGAUUUCAUCAAGUUUCUCAAAGCGUUGAUCGAUCACGACGAGCCGAUAAGUGAGGAUGUAUACCAAGGAAUGACUCGACCGCGGUCUGAACGAGGUGCCAACCAUCGUCAACGAAAGGCCGGCAUUGAUCGCAUUUUCUACGCCGCGGGUAUGGAUCUAUACUGGCAAAACGAACAAGAAGUCUUUGGGCAUAGCGGUGAUAUCACAGGCUUUGGUAGUCGCUUUGUGUUCCUGCCAGAGCUCAAGUUUGGAGCUGUUGUGAUGGGUAAUUCCUCGGGAACCAAUUCAGUAGCUGCACAGCUGUUUCGUGAGUUCAUCGAAGAGGUCGCCAAGUCUAAUCUGGAACACCAGCCAUUGAGUAUGAGGCCGCUAGAAGUGCGUGAGAAGCCCAAGUCAGACUCGCAGAAUCACCCGUGUGGAGUGGCCAAGACGAACGGUGGGAAGGGAAAGGACCAGAAAACAGAUGCUCCAACGAUGAGUGGAGUUAAUGCUACCUUGCAGAGGAAUAUUACUCUUGAAGCAUAUACCGGCGACUAUUGGAACCCAGGAUAUCGCAACAUGAAGGUGGAGAUCAGAGACAACGGGUUAUUCAUCGACGCGAAAGAUCGCUCAAUGGGAUUCACGGCGAGACUCAAGCACAGGCGAGAUCAAACGGUAUAUGAUGCACAUGUGCGAGACGCAUUUGAGACUGGCGACGAAGUCCUGAGGACCGAGUGUGUAAUCGAGGAUGGCAGAGUGAUCAGGAUGGGGAUGGAUCUCGAGCCGCUUGUUGGGGACUUGAUAUGGUUCAGCAAAUCUCUAAUUGAACUAUUAUUCUGCUUACCGGGAAAAAUGACGCCUUUAUUUGCAGUGCUUCUGGCUAUCUUGUACGCCACGUUUGCGUCUGCUGAUUCCUGCCCUGUUAUCACGCAACAACUAAGGGACCCACCUUAUGAGAAUUAUUUCUACUCUGAUUGUAACACAGACGCGCAAGUCGUUGUAACAAGUCCUCUUCCGGAUAGUAAUCUAUCCAUUAUUGGACCUCGACUCAUUGUUGCGUGGCCUGCGGGGAACAGCGGUAUAUGCACCUUCUUCCAACCUCAAGAUGAGAAGAAUGGAACUCUGGCUAUUGAGUUGGUCAAUUCGACUCUUGGAUCACCGCUCGGUGUGAUCAAUCGCGAAGAUAAAGAUUCAGACUAUCCUUAUGUUGGAGUCGAGGGCGUUCUCUCGCUCAACUCCUCGGCGAAUCUCACGGUUGCUAUUCUGGGUAGUAUCCGCAACAUCCGAGAUUUCACUGAGGGGCCGAGUAUCAUCAAUCCGGUGAUACAAAACGCGACGAACUACACAAGGGUGAAUAAUGGAGGCGUUCUCAUCUCAAGGCUAUGGCUGGAUAAUGUGACGACCACGAAUCUCUUGUUAGAACCUUGGGAGAACAAAGACAGCAGAUUGUCAAUCUACAACGACACCGUUAGUUUUGGUGCAGGCUUCUACCACUUCUCUGCGUCUUUCAACUAUCCUCAACUGAAGCAACUAUCUCCCCAACAGGUCCUCAACAACCAGUCGCAGGCUCUUACUAAGAAAGAACAGUCAGAGGUCAGGUCUCUAUCCUUCUUCUCGUAUACCGACAAACUGCUCGCAGGUGGUUGGCGUUUCUUGACGUACUUUGGUCGCGAUACCAUGAUUGCCGCACUAUUGCUGGAACCUGUCCUGAGCGCUGGCAAUAAUUCUGCUUUGGAAGCAGUCAUCGGUGCUGUGUUGGAGCGGAUCAAUCGCACGGAUGGGUCCGUUAGUCAUGAAGAGACUAUCGGGGACUAUGCGACACUUCUGAACUUGCAGAACGGCAUUGAUUCGACGGCACCAGGGUUUACUUAUCCAAUGAUUGAUACGGACUACUUCUUGCCAGUCCUCAUGGACCGCUAUUUCAGCGCUACACCAAAGCGAGUCAAACCAUUGCUGAGCACAAAGGCUGGUGAAGUUGAUGUCGAGAACCGGAAUCUGACAUGGGGCAAUUUGAGCUACAUUAACGCACAGAAGAUUAUGAAUAUCACAGCAGCGUUUGAGAAAGAGCAGUCGGUCAAGAACUUGAUCCAGCUCAAGAAAGGUGAACUGGUCGGUCAAUGGCGAGACUCAACAUAUGGUCUUGCCAAUGGACGCAUACCCUUUGACGUGAACUGCGCUCUCGUCCCAGCGGCACUCUACGCCAUUUCCAGCUUGGCUAAGGUCAGUGGAGUGUAUCCCAAUAAUUCUGUGACAAAGGACUGGAGUACCGUUGCAGCGAAGAGAGCCAAGAUCUGGGAGGAUCGAACCCUGCCAUUAUUCGAGUACAAUCUUACUGUUGGCACAGCUACUUCAAAUCUGAAGGACUACGUCAAGGAGAAUACCUUCUAUGACGGGCCAACUCAUACCGAUUCAGUUGCGAAUUAUUCAUCUUCUGGAAAGGUUGUUGACUAUGCUCUGGCGAUCAACACUACCAAGGAUGAGGAGAAAAUACGCAUCACGCACACUGACACGGCAUUCCGUCUGUUUCUUCUCAACUCUACCAAUGACGCCCAGCUCACGACAUCAUUCUUGAACGCAACAGCCAACGCCAUCCUUCGUCCAUUCCCAGCAGGACUAAGCACGCCCCUCGGCAUCGUCGUUGCCAACCCUGCACUAGCAGGCAACGAGGUAUUCACCGCCAACUUCACCAAUGCCGCCUAUCAUGGUACCGUCGUCUGGAGCUGGCAACUCGCCCUCAUGGCUAAAGGUCUUGAGCGUCAGCUUGCACGAUGUUCAUCAUCCCAGUCCAAUGAUGACGAUGGUGUUCCUGCGUUCUGUAGCAAUAAUGGGGUGCACACGGCUUUGAAGAGCGCAUAUAAUCGUUUGUGGGAUAUCAUUGAGGACAACAGCGAGAGGUUGCAGUCAGAAGUCUGGAGCUGGAGUUACAGUUCAAAGAGUGGGUAUAAGUUUGCGCCUUUGGGCACUUUGCCGCCUCCGCCGGGUUUGAGCUCUGGAACGGAGAGUAAUGUUCGGCAGUUGUGGAGUUUGACAUUCUUGGCUGUGAAGAGGAAUAAGGACUUUGCUUAAUUUUCCUACAAACUUGAUAUAUGUCGACCUACGACGUAAUGUUGAAUGAGAAUAUGGUGGUCUAUCGCUUGACAAAGUCAAGAAUAAAUGAAUAUUAU